AUGACCAGCCCACGCCUGGUGGACCCUCUCACCGUCUUCCCCCCAGAGAUUGUCCUCCAAAUCCUGGAACAUACCCCCGUCUCCGGCCUUGCUUCCCUGACCGCGACCUCUAAAGCCUGGCAUCGUUUCAUCGACGUCACCCACCAAGAAGCUAUUUACACGUCUGAAUCCAAAACUUCUCAGCCCCCUGGUAGCGCCCGCGAUCUCUCGUUCCUACCCGACACACACAGCUUCGCGAAACUCUUCGAGGGUACAACAUCAUGGAAAGAUCUGUGCAAGCGCCAGACACUGCUGGCUCGCAAUUGGGCUGGUCCGUACCCGGCUGGCUGGUCGUCCACGAUUCAAGUCGGCGAUAAUCCGGUAUGGCGAUUCCGUGCAGACUUCAAGCGUCGCUUUUUCAUCUCCACCUCCCAUAAUGGCGGGUUGACCGUCACGGAUAUGGACACGGGUUGCAUCAUAUGGAGUCGCCCGUCGCUUGACAAUGACAGUGACGGAGUUCGCCCGCACGCGCACUUGGAAUACCAGGAUGGAAUGGCUGUGUUUGACAGUGAGGGAGAUUCAAUCGAGGUCUGGCAGACGGACCAAGAAGGUACAAAGCGUGGGGAAUUCCGUCGCAUUGCGAUCUUGAAGCACGAUUGCCAGACGAGAGGAUUUCAAUUGUCCUAUUGGACGCUUUGUGUUGUCUCCAACGAGGGUCAGGGCUUCGUGUAUGAUAUGACACAACGACCUCCUAAGUUGACCACCAAGUUGAACAUCGAAAGGGGCGGUAUCGGCCAUCUGGACCAAAGUGCAGACGUUGUGAUUUACUCAAUGGGCGCAAAGGGGUACUUCGCAUACAAUAAGGAAUCGGGUGCCUUUUUAGGCUCGUUGAAGCCGCCCCCGACUUUGGAGAAGUAUCACGUUCGCCUUCCUGCACCGGAAGAUAUUCGUGAAGCUGCAGCACUCGAAAGAUCCACACGGAAGAGCCGGAGACCACCUCACGCCCUCCCUGGGGGAUUACAAGAAGAUUGCUUGGUGCCAAUCCAGGUCAACAAGGGUCCACUCCCGAUAUUUGCGAUGCAGCAUAUCAGACAUGAGCAUGAUGACUGGGGAGCGGGAAUGUUAGACGGCAACCUUUUCGUCGGCAUCUCCCGUGGGGGACGUGUCUUCAUAUGCUCCGACUUCCGCAAAGCUCUUCGCGAUGAAGCUAGUCUUGUGGCGCAUAGUUCCAUCGUGGAAUGCUACUCAGACGUGUCAAGCUUUGACCUUGGUGGCUGGUUGUCAGUCCGCAAUCACCGCGUGAUGUUUGAAAGUGAAGAUAGAGUCUAUAUUCUCGCCCUCGACGAUAACAAUCGGGUUCAGAAUGUGGACAAUCCUCCUCGUGCUUCUUACUCGCUGCUCACCAGCACUGCCCGAGAACUUGCUGUGCCUGUCAGCUAUAUGGCAUUGGCUGAUGAUGCUAUUAUGACCACUUAUACUACUUUCGGCCAGCGUACUAUCGAUGCCCAGGAUGAGCCGCGCCAUAGACGCGUCUUCCCCACAAAAGUUAUCCGCAUUGUCAGCCUGGCUCCCGUUCUCUCACCCAGGUCUGACGACAAUGUUGAUUCAACGGAAGGCGAAGAGGGUCAAAGUAGGAUCGAAGACCUCUUUAACACCCCGGCUGGCAUGGAAGAGCUGGCCAGGAUUCUCGGAGAUGAGGCACUGAGAAAUGUGGCAACGGCAGCCUUUGACAGCGAUGACGAAGGCGAAAUGCACGAACACGCAUGGGAUAUUUUGCAUCAGGACGAUUCGAAUUCAAGUGAAUUCGAUUAUGAUGAAGAUGAUGAUGAAGAUGCAGAUGAAGAUGGUGAUGAUGAAGAUGAGUACCACGCGGCGGAGGAGGCGUCCUAG